GUGGCGGAGGGCGGCCCUCACCUCUCCAGCGGAACGCGGCGGCGAGCGCGAGUUGCAGGGGGUUCUCUUAGCGGCGGGCACCGCGCGGCGCGGCGGGACGCGGAGCCGGGCCUGAGGAUGGAGUGCGACAUUUUGGACACGCUGGAGGCCCUGGGGUACACAGGUCCCCUGUUGGAGGAGGAAGCACUGAAAAAAGCAGCACAAAAUGGAUUGUCUUCACCAGAAUUUUUUGAGCUUUGCAUUUGGUUAGGUUCUCAGAUAAAGUCGCUUUGUAAUAUGGAAGAAAGCAUCACUUCAACAGAUGGUGCUAGAGAUGUGGAGAGCUUCCAGCUUGAGAUUAGUGGCUUUCUGAGAGAAAUGGCUUGUCCAUAUUCAUCACUUAUAUCUGGAGACAUCAAGGACAGAUUAAGAGAGAAAGAAGAUUGUCUUAAACUCCUCUUAUUUCUAAGUACAGAACUUCAGGCUUUAAAGAUAUUGCACAACAAGAAAACUAAAGGCUGUCAUUUGGAAAAGCACAAUGAAAUUUAUCAGGAAGUGCAAGCUAUUUGUGAUGCACUGUGCCUGACAAACUGCUCAUCCUCUGAUAUUCCUCCCUUGUUAACCACUGUGGAACAAAAGAUAAAGGACAUUCUCUCAAAAGUUCAGAAUAACCAUGUGGGGAAAUCACUGUUAACAAAACCUCUGGAUUCAGACCAAGCGGAGAGACUGGAAAAAAUCAAUGAUGCUCUUCGCAGUGAGUACGAAUGUCGCCGACGUAUGUUAAUGAAGAGGCUAGAUGUGACAGUACAGUCUUUCGGCUGGUCUGAUAGAGCAAAGGUAAAAACAGAUGAAAUAGCCCGAAUCUAUCAGCCCAAGCGCUAUGCAUUAUCUCCAAAGUCAACUAUUACAUUAGCUCACCUUCUGGCUGCUCGAGAAGACUUAUCAAAGAUCAUAAGAACAAGUAGUGGAUCAACACGGGAAAAUACAGUCUGUGCAAUCAACAAGAUUCUGAUGGGGAGAGUACCUGACCGUGGAGGCAGACCAACAGAGAUUGAACCACCUCCUCCCGAAAUGCCUCCUUGGCAAAAAAGACAAGAAGGUGGUGGAAGAGGUGGCUGGAGAGGUGGUGAUGGUGGUGGAAGAGGCAACUGGGGAGGUGGAGGGGGUAGAGGAGGAGGAGGAGGUGGGGGUUUUGGAGGUGGGGGUUUUGGGGGUGGGGGGUUCGGAGGUGGGGGUUUCAGAGGUGGCGGAAGAGGUGGAGGUGGCUUUCAGGGUGGCAGGGGAGGUUAUGGUGGCAGGGGAGGCUAUGGUGAUCCAUAUGGUGGGAGAGGAGGGGGAGGAUAUCGAAGGUAUUAAAAUACUGUACAUAUUCACAGAGUAACUGGUGAAAUAUAGUGGUGAUGUUUACCAGUAUCAAGAAUUCAGAUACAUUAACUUGGGUUUAGGUUAGAAUUAAGUAUGACUGUAUGAGUCAUAGCGUUAGACCAACUGAUGUCGUCAUUGAAUUCUUCUAGUUAACACAACUUUUAUACUAAACUGUGAUGAAUAAAGUCCUUGUUUUUCAUACUGA